AUGUCCAGGAAGAAGACCCCCAAGAGUAAAGGGGCCAGCGUGCCCGCUGCCUCCGCUCUGGCCGCAGCCAACGGGCCCCGGCUGGCUUGUCCCAGGACUGCGCACCCCGGCCCCGAUGCGCCGCCCAAUGGGCCCCCGCAGGCCAACCGGCCUUCGCUCGGAGGCGGCAGCGACUUAUACGACGUCGCCUUCAAGGUUAUGCUGGUUGGGGACUCGGGAGUGGGCAAGACCUGCCUGCUUGUACGCUUCAAGGAUGGUGCCUUCCUGGCGGGGACCUUCAUCUCCACUGUGGGCAUCGACUUCCGGAACAAAGUUCUGGACGUGGAUGGUGUGAAGGUGAAGCUGCAGAUCUGGGACACAGCUGGUCAGGAGCGGUUCCGCAGUGUCACUCAUGCCUAUUACCGGGAUGCUCAUGCACUGCUGCUGCUCUAUGACGUCACCAGCAAGUCCUCCUUCGACAACAUCCAGGCCUGGCUGACUGAGAUCCAGGAGUACGCCCAGCACAAUGCGGUGCUCAUGCUGCUGGGGAACAAGGUGGACUCUGCCCACGAGCAUGUGGUGAAGAGGGAAGAUGGAGAAAAGUUAGCCAAGGAAUAUGGGCUGCCCUUCAUGGAGACCAGUGCCAAGACAGGCCUCAAUGUGGACUUGGCCUUCACAGCCAUAGCAAAGGAGUUGAAGCAGCGCUCCAUGAAGGUUCCCAGUGAGCCCCGCUUCCGGCUGCAUGAUUAUGUUAAGAGGGAGGGCCAAGGGAACUCCUGCUGUCGUCCCUGAACCUGGCUGAGCUUAAUCCCAGUCUUGGAAGGCUGUAGAAGUCUACAGGCCCUUCUGACCUUGUCACCCAGUGGCCAACCCUAAGGUGUCUGUUUCUAGGACCUCAGGCCAAACUUUACUCCUCCCAG